CUCGUUUCACUGGCUUUAGUAUCACACACAUGGGUCUACUGGUCUCUACGCAAGGCAAAAUUAAACAAGCCCGUAUCCUGAUUCUUGGCUUGGAUGCAGCAGGAAAAUCAACUGUGCUGUACAAGUUCAAGUUUAAAGAUUCUUUUUCAACAACCCCUACAGUAGGUUUCAACGUGGAGAUGAUCCACAGCGAGAGACAUUUGCAACUAACCAUGUGGGAUGUUGGAGGACAGCAGAAAAUGAGAGCUUUCUGGUGCCACUACUUUGAGAACACAGAUGGACUUGUGUAUGUUGUGGACAGCAAUGACAAGCAACAUAUGGAUGAAUCAAAGAAAGAAUUUCAAUCCAUCCUUCAGCACGAGUUAAUAAAAAACGUUCCAGUGGUUGUAUUGGCGAACAAGCAGGACUUGCCAGGUGCACUGAAUGCUGAAGAGAUAACUCGGAAAUUUAAUAUGAAGAAGCAUUGUUCUGAUAGAGACUGGUAUGUGCAGCCAUGCUGUGCCAUCACAGGUCAAGGGCUGGCAGAAGGACUUAACAAAGUGACAGAAUUUGUCAAAAACUGCAUGAAGUCCAAAGAAGAAAACCUAGUGCUUUCCAAACAGAAUGUAAGACUCAAAAUGUCCCGUAAAAUGUGAAUCUGGACAAUGAACAGACUCCUGAACAUAUAUAUCAACCAACAAACAGAUACAGAGCACUUUCAAUGUAAUUAUGACAAAAUUCCAAUAUCGUUGUUUUUUUUUGUUUAAACAAUACUACGAAGUACGAUAGAACAUGUCAAUUGUGUUGAGCGAUGUUCACUGAUAAUUUGUCCAUGGUUUGCAAAUACAAUACUGUGAAAAUGCUGCAAUAUAUAUCACUCCUGUAGUGAAUGCAAGGGUAUAUGCUGUUAAUAUAAUUUAUUUUGCAGAGAGAAACUUAUACAACACUGCAGAGGAUGUUGGCAAAUUUGUUAAUAGUGGUAAAAAUAAUCUUUGUUGCCAUUAUGCAAGGUUAGUUGAAUAUUUUAGUCAUCUGAUUUACCUGUCUUCCAACUAGUAUCAGUUUAUUAAAUAGCUACUUAUGACGAAGAAUAAAUAUUGUACUGUGUACACCCUUAUACCUGUCACGUUAUACCAUUAUAGAUUGACAAAAUAGCAGACAAUAAUAAUCUGCAGGAACGUGAGUUUGAUUUUUGUGUGGUUUUCUCCACUUUAUUUUAUUUCA